UCCGCGUCACCGGCUCCCCGAAGUGACCACAACAUGGCUGCGGCGCCUGGGCUGCUCGUCUGGCUGCUCGUGCUCGGGCUGCCCUGGCGGGUACCGGGCCAGCUGGACCCCAGCACUGGCAAGCGCUUCUCGGAGCACAAACUCUGCGCGGACGACGAAUGCAGCAUGUUAAUGUACCGCGGUGAGGCUCUAGAAGAUUUCACAGGCCCGGAUUGUCGUUUUGUGAAUUUUAAAAAAGGUGAUCCUGUAUAUGUUUACUAUAAACUGGCAAGGACAUGGCCUGAAGUUUGGGCUGGAAGUGUUGGGCGUAUUUUUGGAUAUUUUCCAAAAGAUUUAAUCCAGGUAGUCCAUGAAUAUACCAAAGAAGAGCUACGAGUUCCAGCAGAUGAGACGGAUUUUGUUUGUUUUGAUGCAGGAAGAGAUGAUUUUGAUAAUUAUAAUGUAGAAGAACUUUUAGGGUUUUUGGAACUGUACAAUUCUGCAGCUGGAGAUUCCGAGAAAGCUGUAGAAAAAACUUCACAGGAUAUGGAAAAAAACUCUGAAUUAUCUACGGAAAGGGAACCUGAACCUGAACCAGUAGAAGCCAACUCAGAGGAAAGUGAUAGUGUAUUCUCAGAAAACACUGAGGAUCUUCAGGAACAGUUUACAACUCAGAAGCACCACUCCCACGCAAACAGCCAAGCAGAUCAUGCUCAGGGAGAGCAGCCUUCAUUUGAAUCUUUUGAAGAAAUGCUGCAAGAUAAACUAAAAGUGCCAGAAAGUGAAAACAACAAAACCAGCAAUAGUUCUCAGGUCUCAAAUGAACAGGAUAAGAUUGAUGCCUAUAAACUUUUGAAAAAAGAAAUGACUCUAGACUUGAAAACCAAAUUUGGCUCAACAGCUGAUGCACUUGUAUCUGAUGAUGAGACAACCAGACUUGUUACUUCAUUAGAAGAUGAUUUUGAUGAGGAAUUGGAUGCUGAGUAUUAUGCAGUUGGAAAGGAAGAUGAGGAGAACCAAGAAGACUUUGAUGAGUUGCCAUUACUUACCUUUACAGAUGGGGAAGAUGUGAAAACUCCAGCAAAGUCUGGAGUUGAGAAAUAUCCAACAGAUAAAGAGCAGAAUUCAAAUGAAGAGGAUAAGAUUGAGCUAACUGUGCCCCCUGGCAUCAAAAAUGAUGAUACAAAUAUACUAACAACCUGGGGGGACACUAUCUUCUCUAUUGUCACAGGAGGUGAAGAAAAUAGAGGUACGAUGGAUUUAGAGAGCUCUAGUUCAGAGGAAGAAAAAGAUGAUGAUGAUGCAUUAGUCCCAGAGAGCAAACUGGGGAAACCACAGUCAGCAACAGAUUAUAGUGACCCUGACAAUGUAGAUGAUGGUCUUUUGAUUGUAGAUGUUCCUAAAACAAAUAAUGACAAAGACCCGGAAGUAAACACAGAACAUCACAUUAAAGGAAAAGGGAGGGGAGUUCAGGAAUCCAAGAGGGGCCUGGUGCAAGAUGAGACAGAAUUAGAGGAUGAAAAGCAAGAAGGCAUGACUGUGCACAGUUCUGCUCACAGCAAUAACCUCAACUCUAUGCCAGCUGCUGAAAAGGGUAAAGACACAUUAAAAUCGGCUUAUGAUGAUAAAGCAAAUGACCUAAAAGGAGCAGCUAUUCAUAUCUCAAAAGGAAUGCUCCGUGAAGAAAAGCCUGGAGAGCAGAUUUUGGAAGGUGGCUCAGAGAGUGAAUCUGCACAGAAAGCUGCAGGGAAUCAAAUGAAUGACAAAAAGAUUCAACAGGAAUCCUUGGGUAAUGCACCACUCAUGGGAGAUAACCACCCUAACGCAUCCGGAGACAGUGUGGAGGGAGACGCUUUGGUUAAUGGGGCCAAACCGUACACGCUUUCACUGGAGCAUCAACGUGAGGAAUUGAAAGAGGAAUUAGUUCUUAAAACUCAAAAUCAACCUAGAUUCUCCUCUCCAGAUGAGAUUGAUUUGCCCAGAGAACUGAAAGAUGAGGUUCCCAUUCUGGGAGGAAAUCUUUUCUGGCAACAAGAAAGAGAUGUGGCUGCCACAGUCAAUAAGCAAAUGAGUGAGAAGAUAAGGCUGUCUGAGGGAGAAGCCGAAGAGGACUCCUUGGAUGAAGAGUUUUUUCAUCACAAGGCAAUGCAGGGCACACAGAGAGUAGGACAGACAGACCAAACUGACAGCACAGGAGGACCAGCUUUCCUUUCUGAAGCAGAAGAGGACGAUUAUCCCUCUGAAGAACUACUAGAGGAUGAAAACGCUGUAAGUGCAAAAUGGUCUAAAGAAGAAAACCCUGGGAAUCAGGGCAGGCAGUUUGAUGUUAAUCUGCAAGUCCCUGACAGAGCGGUUUUAGGGACCAUUCAUCCAGAUCCAGAAACUGAAGAAAGCAAGCAAGAAACUAGCAUGAUUUUAGAUAGUGACAAAAAAAGUGAGACUGCUGCCAAAGGGGUCAACACAGGAGGCAGGGAACCAAAUACAGUGGUGGAAAAAGAACGCCCUUUGGCAGAUGAGAAAGCACAGAGGCAAUCUGAAGGAAGUGACUUUUCUGACAGCAUAAAAACUCAGACUCCAGAAUUAGGUGAAAUGUUUCAGAAUAAAGAUUCUGAUUAUCUGAAGAACAACAACCCUGAGGAACAUCUGAAGACCUCAGGGCUUGCAGGGAAGCUUGAGGGAGAACUCUCAAAAGAGGACCAUGAGAACACAGAGAAAUACGUGGGCACAGAAAGCCAGAGUUCUGCUGCUGCAGACCCUGAAGAUGACUCGUUCCUCUGGACUCCACAUACAAGUGUAGAGCGAGAGUAUAGUGACAAGAGGGAGGACUUGCUUAUCAUAAGCAGCUUCUUUAAAGAGCAAGAGUCUUUGCAGCGGUUCCAGAAGUACCUUAAUGUCCAUGAGCUGGAAGCCUUGCUACAAGAAAUGUCAUCAAAACUGAAGUCAGCACAGCAGGAGAGCCUGCCCUAUAAUAUGGAAAAAGUCCUAGAUAAGGUCUUCCGUGCUUUUGAGUCACAAAUUCUGAGCAUAGCAGAAGAAAGGCUUGAUGCUUAUGUGAACGAACAUAAAGAUCUGGGAAUGCAGGUCAUAUUUGAAGAGGCUGCAGUGCUUGAUGACAUUCAGGACCUCAUCUAUUUUGUCAGGUACAAGCACUCCACAGCAGAGGAGACAGCCACACUGGUGAUGGCACCACCUCUAGAAGAAGGCUUGGGUGGAGCAAUGGAAGAGAUGCAACCACUGCAUGAAGAUAAUUUCUCACAAGAGAACACAGCAGAAUUUAAUGUGCAGGUUUCUGAAGAGCCCACCCAUUUGGGCCAGCAUGUGAUUGGGGACACUCAUGCCUCGGAAGUUUCAACGAAGCCAAAUGCUGAGAAAGACUUGGACCAGCAUGUGAUCCGGGACACUCAUGCCUCGGAAUUGUCACCAAAGCCAAAUACUGAGAAAGACUUGGACUGGCGUGUGAUUGGGGACGCUCAUGCCUCGGAAGUUUCAACGAAGCCAAAUGCUGAGAAAGAUUUGGACCAGCAUGUGAUCCGGGACACUCAUGCCUCGGAAGUGUCACCGAAGCCAAAUGCUGAGAAAGACUUGGACUGGCGUGUGAUCGGGGACACUCAUGCCUCGGAAGUGUCACCAAAGCCAAAUACUGAGAAAGACUUGGAUCCAGGGCCAAUUACAGGAGAAGACACUCCUGUGGAUGCUAUUGAUGCAAACAAGCAACUAGAGACAGCUGCCGAAGAGCCAGCAAGUGUCACAGCUUUGGAAAAUGCAAUCCUUCUAAUGUAUUCAUUCAUAUUUUAUUUAACUAAGUUGCUAGUUGCUACAUUGCCUGAUGAUGUUCAGCCUGGGCCUGAUUUUUAUGGAUUGCCAUGGAAACCUGUACUUAUCACUGCCUUCUUGGGAAUUGUUUCGUUUGCCGUUUUCUUCUGGAGAACUGUCCUUGUUGUGAAGAGUAGAGUAUAUCAAGUCACGGAACAGCAAAUUUCUGAGAAGUUGAAGAUUAUCAUGAAAGAAAAUACAGAACUUGUACAAAAAUUGUCAAAUUAUGAACAGAAGAUCAAGGAAUCAAAGAAACAUGUUCAGGAAACCAGGAAACAAAAUAUGAUUCUCUCUGAUGAAGCAAUUAAAUUUAAGGAUAAAAUCAAGACACUUGAAAAAAAUAAUGAAAUUCUGGGUGACGCAGCUAAAAAUCUUCGUGUUAUGUUAGAGUCAGAGAGAGAACAGAAUGUCAAGAAUCAGGACUUGAUAUCAGAAAACAAGAAAUCUAUAGAGAAGUUAAAGGAUGCUAUUUCAAUGAAUGCCUCAGAAUUUUCAGAGGUUCAGAUUGCACUUAAUGAAGCUAAGCUUAGUGAAGAGAAGGUGAAGUCUGAAUGCCAUCGGGUUCAAGAAGAAAAUGCUAGGCUUAAGAAGAAAAAAGAGCAGUUGCAGCAGGAAAUCGAAGACUGGAGUAAAUUACAUGCUGAGCUCAGUGAGCAAAUCAAAUCAUUUGAGAAGUCUCAGAAAGAUUUGGAAGUAGCUCUUACUCACAAGGAUGAUAAUAUUAAUGCUUUGACUAAUUGCAUUACACAGUUGAAUCGGUUAGAGUGUGAAUCUGAAUCUGAGGGUCAAAAUAAAGAUGGAAAUGAUUCAGAUGAAUUAGCAAAUGGAGAAGUGGGAGGUGACCAGAAUGAGAAGAUGAAAAAUCAGAUUAAGCAGAUGAUGGACGUCUCUCGGACACAGACUGCAAUAUCGGUAGUUGAAGAGGAUCUAAAACUUUUACAACUUAAGCUAAGAGCCUCCGUGUCCACUAAAUGUAACCUGGAAGACCAGAUAAAGAAAUUGGAAGAUGACUGCAACUCACUACAAGCUGCCAAAGCUGGACUGGAAGAUGAAUGCAAAACCCUGAGGCAGAAAGUGGAGAUUCUGAAUGAACUCUAUCAGCAGAAGGAGAUGGCUUUGCAAAAGAAACUGAGUCAAGAAGAGUAUGAACGACAAGAAAGAGAGCACAGGCUGUCAGCUGCAGAUGAAAAGGCAGUUUCAGCUGCAGAGGAAGUAAAAACUUACAAGCGGAGAAUUGAAGAAAUGGAGGAUGAAUUACAGAAGACAGAGCGGUCAUUUAAAAACCAGAUCGCUACCCAUGAGAAGAAAGCUCAUGAAAACUGGCUCAAAGCUCGUGCUGCAGAAAGAGCUAUAGCUGAAGAGAAAAGGGAAGCUGCCAACUUGAGACACAAAUUAUUAGAAUUAACACAAAAGAUGGCAAUGCUGCAAGAAGAACCUGUGAUUGUAAAACCAAUGCCAGGAAGACCAAAUACACAAAACCCUCCACGGAGAGGUCCUCUGAGCCAGAAUGGCUCUUUUGGCCCAUCCCCUGUGAGUGGUGGAGAAUGCUCCCCUCCAUUGACAGUGGAGCCACCCGUGAGACCUCUCUCUGCUACGCUCAGUCGAAGAGAUAUGCCUAGAAGUGAAUUUGGAUCAGUGGACGGGCCUCUACCUCAUCCUCGAUGGUCAGCUGAGGCAUCUGGGAAACCCUCUCCUUCUGAUCCAGGAUCUGGUACAGCUGCCAUGAUGAACAGCAGCUCAAGAGGCUCUUCCCCUAACAGGGUAAUCGAUGAAGGCAAGCAAACUGUUCUGCAAGAGCCUGAAGUCCCCUCAGUUCCCAGCAUUACAUCUUUGGCUGAGCGUCCAGUAGCAGUUAAUGUGGCUCCAAAAGGGCCCCCUCCUUUCUCAGGAGUCCCUCUCAUGAGCACCCCUAUAGGAGGCCCUAUACCACCACCCAUUCGAUAUGGACCACCGCCUCAGCUCUGCGGACCUUUCGGGCCUCGGCCACUUCCUCCACCCUUUGGCCCUGGUAUGCGUCCACCACUAGGCUUAAGAGAAUUUGCACCAGGCGUUCCACCAGGAAAACGGGACCUGCCUCUCCACCCUCGGGAAUUUUUACCUGGACACACACCAUUUAGACCUUUAGGUCCACUUGGCCCAAGAGAGUACUUUAUUCCUGGUGCCCGAUUACCACCCCCAACCCAUGGUCCCCAGGAUUACCCACCACCACCUGCUGCAAGAGACUUACCGCCAUCAGGCUCUAGAGAUGAUCCUCCUCCUGCCUCUCAGAGCACUAGCCAGGACUGUUCACAGGCUUUAAAACAGAGCCCAUAACUAUGACCUCUGACGUUUCGUUGGAGAGAAAGUGUACUGUGCAUUAUUCAUUACAGUAAAAGAUUUCAUUGGCUUCAAAAUCCAAAAGUUCAUUUUAAAAGGUUUGUUGUUAGAACUACGCUGCCUUGGCAGUGUGCAUUUUUGAGCCAAACAAUUCAGAAAUGUCAUUUCUUCCCUAAAUGAGACACCUUUUAAGCUAGAGCGUCCUUACAACUUUGAAAUGUGCAAUAAAGAAUACCUGUGUUUUAGCUAAUGUAGCAUAUGUAAUUGCUAAAUGAUUUAGAAUGUCAUGAAAAAUAUGAACAUUUCCUGUGGAAAUGCUUUAAGAACAUGUAUUUCCAUUAUCCUAUUUUUAGUGUACACCAGCUGAAUACGGAGCAAUGGUGUUUAUAAGCUUUUUUUUUUUUUUAAACUAUCUGGUCACAAAGACUGUUACGCUAAAAAUGUUUACUAAAAGAUCACUAAACUUCAUCUCCCCUCUUGCUGAAGUUCUUUGUAGUAACAGCUCAUAAAAAUUUGUUAUUAAUAUUU